UGUUUAUUUCCGUUGCAGAAAGGAAGUAGUUCGCUGGGUCUUGUGGAGGUGACCCAAUGGCAGAAUUAUUCUGUCAAUCUUGAAUUAGCUUUCUCCCAGAGUCGUAGGAAACACCGAUUAUUUUAUUUUCAUAGUUGAAAAAACACCGUUAGCACCAUGGGAGCUCACCUCGCGCGGCGGUAUAUCACCGAGAGGGAGACCGAGCCUGACCCUUCCAAACCGUUUGGCUUCGACCCCGAAUUCGGCUUCGAGGAGAGGAAAGAGAGAGAGAUGGUGGCCUCCCAGGCCCAGAUGAACCUGGCCCAGGUCCCUGUACUCCAGAGGGACUACUGCGCCCACCACCUCAUCAAGCUCAUGAAGUGUAAGAGGGACAACUGGCCCAACUUCCUGGCCUGUAAACACGAGAGACACGACUGGGACUACUGCGAGCACCAGGACUACGUGAUGCGAAUGAAGGAGUACGAGCGGGAGCGACGGCUGCAGAUGAGGAAGAAGAGGGUGGAGGAAGCCCAGGCUGCUUGAGCAUCAUCAUAAUGACCUCUAACCCUUCUGUGUACAUACCUGCUGCUCUCCACAAUAAAGACCACCUUUAGAGCUCUACUACUCUA